AGCUGGGCUUUUUAUUUUGUUGUUUGCAAAUAUGAACGAUGGUGGCCUAUAUACAAUACGAAUUAUGCACGUUAAUAUCAAUUUAUUUCUGCUCCAAUGUCAUCAUGAGCUGCUCUUCAAUAUGUAGUUCCCAAGUGAAACAAAAUGUCUCGUGUGUGUUGUGAUGCUGAAGACGGGAACCUCUGGUGAAAUGUUCAACAGCACUGAGGGCGCACGGAUUCCUCGCCUCAGCUGAGUAGACGACCUCCUACCGACUUACUUCACGUCACCCCGCCCGUCUGCCUGCCGUCUCCUCCCUAAAACCUUCGCCGCGACCAUCCCUUUGAGCGACUCUGGACUGAGGAAAAGAAAGAGACUGAGAGAGACAGAGGGAGAAAGUGAGAGAGAGACAAAAUACACGCAGACUUCCAACAUCACCUGCUCCAGCACAACAAGGGGAGGAGGACGCACAAGUGCAGGCGCGUCCAUGCGUGCCAGUCGAACAAGACAAUAAGCGGGCAAAGGACCAAAGAUCCAAAAUUGGAAUAAGAGUUUAUCCUGAGAACUCUUUGGAAAAGAGCACAGCUUUGCUACAAGAACAAAACAGCCUAAAUGAGUACAUGGUAAGAAGAGUCAUGCAUCUCAACAGAGAAGAAGAUAGCAGCAAAGGCUCAGUGUCUCUCAGUGUAUUCCUGGUGUCUGUUGCAUUCGCAGUGUGUGCCGUUUGGCUGGUAGCUCUAUGUGGCGUCUGCACCUGGUGUCAGCGUAAACUGGGGAAGAGGAAUAAGCCCGGGGUGGAGGCUGCCAGCUCUCCAGAAUCUGUGAGAGGUCGAGGGGAAAAUAAAGCCAUCAAUGAUCUAGACAGAGACUUUUGGAAUAACAAUGACAGCAGCAACGUGCAACAGAGGUGGAGCUCCUACCCGCCCAAGGAGUUCCUCUUAAACAUGUCUCCCUAUGCUCCCUACGGAGACCCUCGCCUCACGCCCAAUGGGGCUGUGGAUAAGGGUGGGCAGGGCGGUGCUGGACCCUCGCCGGGGGCCAGUGACAGCGGGGGUGGUGCUUGCUCUGGGACUGGGGCAGGGCCCAGUCGCAGUGACAGCGUUCGGAGCAUGGUGACGGGGGGCAGCAAGGCCGGACGGUGGCAGACUGUCCAGAGCCACAUGCAUGCCGGAGGCCUGCGGUUUGGCAAUUUUGGGGAUGCUUCCCUCUCGUCUGCUUCCACCCUGGAGCACAUCCCGUCCUCAGCCGUGGCACGCCCUCGGCCCCUGGUCCGGCAGCAGAGCCUCCAACAGCCCCUUACUCACCAGCCCCCUCCGGGUCCAAACGACCCCCCAGUCACCUCACAAAGCCUGGGCCAGCUGCACACAGGUCCAGGUGGUGGGGGCCACCGUGGGGGCCCGCGCGGGGUCCGGGGGAGUCCGGCUGGAGCCUCCCGGUACAGAGGAGCAGGGGCAGGCCGAUCGAGGUCAAACCCUGGCAGCUGGGAUCACAUGGUGGAGCAGAUCCGCAACAGAGGCCUGGACGUCAAGUCGUUUUUUGAGGGGAAGAUGGUUGUUCUGUCUCUAGCAAUCGGGCUGGCCGAACAGGAUGACUUUGCCAACCUCCCCGAUCUACAGGAAGCACCGGCAAGCAAAGAAAAUGAUACCACGCCAGAAAAGAGAACUCCAGGUAACAAACCAGGCAGCAGCCCCAGAGGUCAGACCCCAGACGAGACCGGACGGCGCCACGAUGCCAACUCCUCUGUGUCUGACUUGGCCAAUUCAGUCACCAGUGACAUGCUCAUGUUGUCUCCAGGUUCGGAGGAAGAUGAUCAUGAGGGUCCGGUGUGUGAGAAACUGGGUCGCAUUCAGUUCAGUGUUGGAUACAGUUUUCAGGACUCCACCCUCACUGUCAAAAUUCUCAAGGGUCAGGAUUUGCCUGCUAAGGACUUUUCCGGCACCUCUGAUCCGUUUGUCAAACUCUACCUGCUGCCCGACAAAAAGCACAAAUUGGAGACCAAAGUCAAGAGGAAGAAUCUAAACCCCCACUGGAACGAGACCUUCCUGUUUGAAGGAUUCCCCUAUGAGAAGGUGGUCCAGAGGACUCUAUACCUGCAGGUUCUCGACUACGACCGCUUCAGCAGGAAUGACCCCAUAGGAGAGGUGUCCAUCCCCCUCAACAAACUGGACCUGGCCAACAUGCAGACUUUCUGGAAGGAGCUGAAACCAUGCAGUGAUGGCAGCGGGAGUCGAGGGGAUCUGCUGGUGUCUCUGUGCUACAACCCCACAGCCAACACCAUCACUGUGAGCAUCAUCAAAGCCCGCAACCUCAAAGCCAUGGACAUUGGAGGCACUUCUGACCCCUAUGUAAAAGUGUGGUUGAUGCACAAGGACAAGCGUGUGGAGAAGAAGAAGACGGUGGUAAUGAAGCGCUGUCUGAACCCUGUUUUCAACGAGUCCUUCCCCUUUGACGUGCCUGCCCACGUGCUGAGGGAGACCACCAUAAUUAUCACUGUCAUGGACAAGGACAGGCUCAGUCGCAAUGAUGUCAUUGGAAAGAUUUAUCUUUCAUGGAAGAGUGGCCCUGCAGAGGUAAAACACUGGAAAGACAUGAUGGGUCGUCCUCGCACUGCUGUGUCCCAGUGGCAUGCUCUCAAGGCCUGAGGAACCAACAGUGUUUUUCCCCUCAGAAUUCAGCAUCAGCCUCUCAGCCCCUGCCCUCAGCACAUAUCCCCUACCCCCUAACUGCAGUUUUGGGCUGCAGAUAAUGUGUGUCAUCUCUUUGUUCUCAGGCCUCUUUGAUAUCCUCUGCCCUUAGUCCACGUGACACCAUCCUUAAAUUUCACCCUUGUCAAGUUCUGAUUCCCACCUGACCCCCUCUCUCUUUGUCUGAACUUAAAAAUGUCUUUGAUGUCUUUCUUCACUCCUUCCUUGUGCCCUCUUUCUUUGAGAUGUUUUUUUUUCCAAGAUACUCCUCAGUCUUUCCUCCACCUUGUCAAACAUUCCAUGUGUUUAACAUCAGAGCAGUACUUCUUGCCACCCAUGAAUACAAACUACCAACCAAAAAUGGAUCAAACUGAUAUUCCAACCAUCCUCUGUGGUGGCAAGAUGGGCUGUGUUCAAACAUACAUCUGAGUGUGAAUUGCGCUGACCUGUGCAACCCAUUUACCAACUACAUCUGGUUUUGCAGUGAGGAAUCUUCCACUUUGCUCCUCGCCUCUUUCUUCAAGUCUUCUUCCGUUACUGUCACUAUUCCUCAAUACCCUUAAAAUGCCUGAAAAAUCAGGAAAACCGACACAGGCACUGGAAGAGUGAUGGGCUCUAUUUAAAAUGGAAUUAGACUGGAAUUGGACUCUGUCGCUCAACUCAUGUUUGAUCUUUUUCACUUUUCACUCUUUCUCUGGCACCACUGUAAUAAUUCUCCCUUGGCUGGAACUCUUCGUUGUCUGUGUGUGCUGUGGGUGAUGUGCUGUAACCCCAAAUGAAGUUCUUCAACAAAAAAAAAGGAUAUGAACAUGAACAUUUAACGCUGGUCCAAUAGGGCAAGUGUAAAAAAAAAAAUAUAUAUAUAUGAUCCUAUUUUCUUGGAAAAGAAAUCCUGAUGGACAGAAAAAAAAAAGAGUAAAGUGAUUAAUGUUGUGUUUUAUUUUUGUUUUUCAAAAGAAUUUAGAGAAUCAACCUGCUCUUCCAGACACAGAAAAUAAGCAAAAAGCCAGCUUCCAUAAGUGUGGAAGUGUGGGUUAAUGGAUGUGUGUAUGUGUGUGCAUGUGUGUGUGUGUGUGUGUGUGUGUGUGUGUGAAUGAGGGAGUAUUUUGGACUUGCACAGCUAAAUUAAGAUAUUGCUGAAAACAGCAAAGCCCUUGAUAAUGAUGGUGAAAACAAGGUAUUGUUAAUAUUUGUGGUUGUAUUAGCUGAAGAUGUGGGGAGGUCACUAAGGUUAAAGGGUCAAUCCACCCAAACCACAAACACCCAUACAGUGUUUUCUAAUAUACCCUUAGUGGUAACAAGCCAAGCAGAUAGUUUCAGAUGUAUAUGUUGUGGGUUUCAUCCCCAGAAAUCACUGCUGCCAUGGCAAAAACAAAGGAAAUAAACAGGAUUUCAUUGUGCUGCUCACAGCAUUUGAAAUUACUUCAAAAAUUCAACAGCAACAUGUCUUUCCAGAAACACUAGUCUGGUUAAUUGGACAAUCCACACACCCCUCAGUGAUGGGAGAGGUCUCAGUGGUACCAUGCAAACUGAAACUUUUCCACAUGGCUUGAUACCACAAAGUGUAAUUAGGCAAAACAUUGUUUUUGUUUUGAUGACAAAAAAAUAAAAUAAAUAAAAUUCCCCAUGUUAGCUUUAUACUUGUUUUCAACCACAUCUCACAGUUUUGGACUCAGAUGGACUCAGCUGAAGAUCACAUGGUGGUAAACUUGCACACAGUGGAAUUACAUCAGCACGCUCUAAGCCAAAAGCAUCAGUGAUGGGGCAAAAGCUGCCACACCUUGGAGAACACCAAACAAACAUCACUGGACGCAACUUGUGCAAGCCAGGAACUGAACGUGGUUCUUCCACCAUGAGAUCUUGGAUUAAACUGAACAAAUUCCACCCACUGAGGAGGAUCAUGAGACACAUUCAGUAGGAAAAAGCUAGAAAGUAGACCUUGAAUUUAGUUUUUCUUUUUUUUUCUGUCAAACUACAUUCACAUUUUGUGAUUUUGGUGAAGUGACUAUUUAUGAAUGCAGGCAGUAAAUGACUAAAUGUUAGGGUUACAUAUGUAUAAUGUAUGUAGUUUGUUAAGAAAUCAGAUGAGAAAUAGAUCAGUUAAUCUGAAUCAAAAUGCACUUUUUAUGUCACCCAAGUCACCCUCUGUGUCUAUCAGCGGCAUUAAUCAGUGCAUUAAACCUAGAAAAUGCAUUACAGAACCCUACAAAGCUUUUCUUUUUUGAUUUUUACAGAGUAUUAUGAGUCCAAGGGCGAUAUUAGACCAGGUUUUGUGUUAUUUUGGGGGGUUUUGAACAAGGUACAAGUCAGUCUUCCAGUUGUUUUCUUCACUGCCUGAAUGUGACCUCCCCCAAGUCCCAUAUAAACAUGUGAUGAUUGGAUGAAUGGAAACAAAUGAAAGUAAUAAUAUCUGGGGAAAAACUCUUUUUACAUUCCACUGUUCGUUUUUGUCUACUGUAUGUGUGUGUGUGUGUGUGUGUGUGUGUUUGCACUGUGGGUGAGUGUCAAUAUUCAAACUUUAGGUUGUGUGAUUGUACUUACUGUGAGUCCCUCUGUGUGUGUAUAUAUCUGCACUGAGUUCUAUUUUGCCAGUUUAAUACAGAACAACAUUGUUUACCGUUUUUAUUCUGUAUGAAACAAUCCAGAUGUACAAAGAAAUAUGUUUUUUUAAAGUUGUCACUUCUUUAAGAAUCACUGCACUUGUUGACGAUGAUGCUGGAACAAACCUCUCUUCAUAGCAAGGUUAUUUUCCUCAUGUGUGGUUUAAAGGACGUUUGGAUUGGGUGGAGGCAAAUCUGUUAUACAUGAGCAGAGAGUGAAGGUCAAAGGAAAAAUGUCACAACCAAGCUUUACAACAACCCUAGAUAAAACCUGUUUUCUUCUGACCGCCAGACAACAGAUUUUUGGUUCAGACAGAAGCAGCUACCAACAUUUUGUCCUAUCUGUCCUUCUUAUCUGGGCCGAUCUGAUUCACCAAGAUCAAAAAAAUGAAAGGUGGCACCUUAACAUCAGAGCUGACGUUCCCCCAAAACACCCCCGUCGUGCACACAUGCUUUCUGGCACAAAGUGUUCUGUGUGUGCCUUAUAAACCCUGCCACGCCUUGCUCUUCACCAUAUGUGCUCCCUCUCCAAGUGUCAGGGAGGGGGGAGGAAAGAAAAGGUGAGAUAGGAGAUAAUCAUCACCUCUUUGCAUCACUGUUAGCUACGUCUCAGGUCAGAGCAGAGCAUCGGAGCAUCCCAAAAUAACCAGGAACACAGUCAUGUGUCUGUCUUGAUGGCCCGGUGUGUUAAACAAGGCAUUAUUUUGAAUGCUGCUGACAAAGCAUUACAUUCCAAAGGCUUAGUGAAAGUCACUUUAAUCAAUGCAAGCUAACUAUUGUAUAACAGUCAGGGUUUGGUAUAUUUUAGUUUUAAGAAAUCUUGUGUGUCUACACUCUUCACUGGCCAAAUAGAAUAAACUGGUAGAUCUUGGACAAGCUUGCAUUUUCUGAUUUAGGGCAUUCUCUUGGGGGACUGCUUGAGACAAAGAGAGGUUAACCAGCAGCAUUUUAAUUUAUAUACUGUACAAAUGAUUGUGAAGUGUCCUGUAUGAAAAAAAAAAUCAUCAGUAUUUACUGGGGUUGUUUGUCUGUCCUUGGUAUCACUCAGCCCCGUUUUCACUCCCUUUUCUCUUUGUAGUUACACAUCCGUCGGGUGCACAAUGUUAAAUAUCAACCAUUUAUUUUUUUGAAAUCUGUACAGUGUAUAUAAAAAUAUAAAUGUGUAUAUAAAACAAAGAUACUUCUGGUAUUGUUA